AUGUGGUUGUACGACUACCCCGGCGACUCAUUGCCCGAGGAGGAAAGGAUUUCGGCAAUGGGCUAUUUCCUCAAUGAUGGGUCCCCGAAUUAUUUCACAGUUCUUCCGGAGAUGGAUCUGUUCUUCCUCCAGGCCAACGGCCGAGAGCUAAAUUUACUUCAAUGGCACAGCCUUGAUCAUGGCCAUGAACUUUGGUCACCGCAUAUUGAGUUUGCUGGGCCAAAAGAUGUUGCCAUCGAAUUCGAUCCGGAAUGGUGGGCCAGCGUUGAGAGAGAUGAGCGGGACGAAGAAGGCCUGGUCAAGACCCUAGAUGAGUUCGCUACCACAUCCAUCUUGUCCCGCCAGAUCCACACCAUCUGGACCGAUGUGACAGACAUUCACGACGAUUUUGAGACUGAUUCUGGCUGCCUCGAAUUCUACAAGGCAAUAGGGGAGGCUUCCAGGAAGCUACAGAAGAAUCCUGGCAUUGCUGAUGAGACUCUCUUCUACGGCAGAGCGUAUUUUGGCGUUCUGGCGUGCGAGCUUCUCUGA